AUGACUGUCUACAUGAGAUGGAGCGAGGGUGAUCAAAUCUUUGCUAUUCACAAAGUCCAAAUAAACAAAGUAUGGUUGGGAGGCCUUAGGUGUUCUGGAACCGAAGCGUCUAUCUUGGAUUGUAAAUACGGAUACUUCGGAGAUUACCAGUGUUCAGGAUUUUACAAGAAACCUGAUGUAGUUUACUGUGGAGCACCGUACACUGGUGAAGAUUUCUCCUUGCGACUAAUCGGCGAUUCUGACACCAAGCCCAGCCGUGUAGAGGUUAGGUUAUUUGGCGAAUGGGGGACAAUCUGUAACCAGAACUUUGAUGAGAAUGAUGCUAAGGCGAUCUGCAGUCAAUUAGACAUUGGCCUUCCCAGCAUGUUUGCCAGCGUGGCUAGCAAAGGAACAUAUCAAAGUGGUACAGGCCGAAUUUGGUUAACAAACAUUACAUGUGGUGUCUAUGUGACGGGAUUUAGAGGGUGUUCCUUGGACUUGGCAGGCGGAACCUGUGAUCACUCCCAAGAUGCUGGAGUUGUCUGCGGGACAUUUCCAGACAUACAAACUUUCCGUCCACCCCCUAUCCAUACCUAUAAUCAUCACUGGUUAAUAACUGGAGUCUCAGUGGGGUCGGCUGGAUUUGUGUUUAUACUUGGUGUAAUUCUCGCUUUCCUGAGAUUUCGACUUUGGCGGUCAAACACGAGGCCAGCCGCCAUACCACAGGCUAACCAGUACGCAGUUCCGAGCAGUGCUGGGUUCUCUACAGGAUAUGACUACACUCCUCCUGUACAAUCAAAUAAAUAUUAGAGACGAAACAGGUUAUACCCAAGAGGACCUGCAAACGGCUACACCCAUGACAACCUGCAAACGUACCCUUCAGUGGACUGCUACACAUUUGACAACUUGCAAAUAUCACUAUAUAUUUUGUGAAGGCUGGAUGCGACCACUGGCUUUUUUUCACUUUCGACAUUAUAAGUACAAGGUCGAAAACACAAAAACUCGCAUGGGCGAAGAUCGAAAACACGAAGCUGAAAAGGUUGAAAACUCGAGUAAGUUAACUUAAGUUAACGCAUUUUCGACUUGUGGGAGGGGGAGGGGGGCGGGUUGGAAAGACGAAAGUGGGAUGCGAAAACCUGAAAGUACGAGGAGAUGGAAACGCGAAACUGGUAUCGUUUCACGAUUUCGGACAUUCGCCUCGUGCUUUAGCGUUUCCAACCUUCGCCGUUUCGCGUUUCCGACCUUCGCCAAAAUUAUGUAACAGUAUAGACUUAACGCCAGAGCUAUUGACGUGUAUUACAUUGCGGUAAGAUUAAUCGAAUUUAUUAAAGCGGUUUUCUUGUCAGUUCACCGUGACAAGAUUCUGCAGUCUGCUGCCCAACAUGUACCCAAUUUUUCACACAUAUUUCUGGGAUAACUGUGUCCUAUAUCGUUUUUUCUAUGUAUAUAUAGUGGCAGACCUUAAUUUCGCUUUGACCAUGGCGGGUUUCAAGGGCAAACGGCUUAGCAGGCCUAUUUCUAAAGCACGAACCUAUUCUACUUGGCUUUUUUUUGACUUAAGAGAAACUAAUAAACCUUCUCACAAAGCUAAGUUUUCGGUAAUGGAAAUUUUGACACAGUUGUCUUAAGAUAACAUUAUUUAGGUUGUCAGACUAUUAAUUUCUAGGGCUCAAACAUAUAAACUGCAAAAUCUUGUUUCAAACUUUGACAAAUUUUGUCCGAAAUUGCUUUGUGGAAUCGGUCCCUGAUCAGGCGGAUUCACCAAAAGAACAGUAUAUUAUAGGGGUAUGCUUCCUUUUGUUGUAUCAGUUUUACCUUCAUAUUCUUAGGGUUAACGUAAAUCUUAUAGUUGUUUGUUUAUUGCAUACUUUAUCAGAUAAAAGAUAAUCUUUUUGAUGGAAAAAAUGUCUAACUGUACAUAAUGUAAAACUAGAAUCCGUUACUUUUUAUCCUCCGAUUGCUUGCGACUGUUUAAUAAACAUGAUUGCAAUGUAGAACUUUGAGUAAUUCUAGUUAGGUUGAAUACAUUGUAAUUAACAUCAGUCUGUAUUUUUUACCUAAUUCUGCCUAUAAUUCGGGGAGGAGUGGAGGGGGCGCCUAAGUUUCCUCUAUUUAAGCAUUUACACGCAUGGUUAAAAUAAAACUGUAACCUGUGAAGUUGUAAAUUGACAAGAUGCUGGAUUCACGAGUUACGUGUGGUCGAAUGCCAAUUAUCAUAUUAUCGUCGCUGCUUUGGUUUUACUCUCUGUGCUGUAAUCUUUUUUUUUAUAUUGCAGCAUUUUGAUCGAUGACGCUAUCGUUAUUUACCUAAAUAAAAAUUUAUAUAAUACA